AUAAUGGAAUUUCUAAAAUAAUUGAAACAACUGGAAGUAAAAAGUUAGAAUUGCACAUCGACAGUGAAAUCAUUACUGAUAAAUCUGAAAAUAGAAAGAGCAUUGACAGAGAGUUGGCUGAAACUAGGAGAAAACUUUACGAGACUCAGCUCAAACCUACUCAAGCAGAAAAAGGAGAUGAAAUCAAAAUUAAAGAAUUAGAGGUAGAAAAGGAAGAAUUGAAGAAUCGUAAUGAGGAAUUGAAUUCCUUCAUUCGAAAUUUGGAAGGCAUGAUUAAGGAUGAUCUUAAGAGCCAAACCGUUCAAUCACAUCAACAAAUCGCGGAGAAUAUUGAAACUUCCAAACAGCACAUUAAAAGACAGCAUGAAACAAUUGACAAUUAUAAGAGUCGUGAAGACGCAAUUGAGGCUGAGAAGAACGCCGAAGAAAUCUUCCGUCUGAAGCAAUCUAAUGAAGAAGCAAGACAGCGUGCCGCUAAAAAGAUGAAUUUGAUCACAAGUGCUUGGUUCAGUAUGGGCCGACGUAUUCAAGGUGAUCAUGUGUUCUUGCAACGACAAGGACCCACAUCAUUUCUUUAUCAACAACGCGUGAUUCUUGAUACGCAGCUGAAGCGGCGGUGGCUAGAUGCUUCUAAGGAUAAGCAGUCACAAUGA